UUGAAAAUGGCUAAUUGUCAAGCUAACUCGCGUAGCAGCAGCAGGUGAAAGAGCGAGUGAGGCGGCAAGAGCGUCGCAUUUCAUAUACAUCGUGCGCGCGUCGUCAAGAGGAGAGCAGUGAGAGAGUAAGAGAGAGAAAGAGGAGAGAGACAGAGAAAGUGGGAGGGAAGUCCCCUCCUGAGGAUGGUGCGCUGCUGCUACAAGGCGUAAGCGCGGCCACGCACCGGCCUCCUCCUCGUCGUCUACCAUCAAGUGCCUUAGGAAUACAGCCAACACCGCCGUCGUGACGUGCACACCGACGAGCUGUUGGUGCUGGCUGCUCCGCUUUAAUACGAGAUACUGCGAGAGACUGAAGUCUGCCUUUUCGCUUCUGGGGAGAAGACCUGUUUACCUAUACAUGAAUUGUCAUUAUGAAGGAUAUACGUUUUAUUAAACCACAAAGGGCUUGGUCUGGCGUGAAGUACGCCGCGUCGUUGUUACUUUUGAGGCGAACGUUGCUUACGUUGCUGGAGUAGCGCAAACCAGUCUGCAGCGAUGGAGGGCAUGGCUUCUGGGGCUGCCCCAUCGGACAGCACUGGAAACAGCGAUGGAACACUCAACGCUGAGAGAGAUAGUGGAGGAUGUGAGAAUAUCACCAGCCCAGUCAAUCGGAGCAAGUACGAAGAUUUGCAAGCGCAAUACCAGAGACUUAGACACAAACACGCCGAUAUUCUUCGACGAUACGAGCAUACAAUGAAAGAGCUGGAGUAUUAUCGUAGCCAGCAGAUAAUGUCACAACCCGAUUCACAGGCGGCAGUACAAGAUUCAUCGUCAUCAACGUCGAGCCUGCGCGGCAAAUACAACGAGCUCAUGAACGACAAGCAGCGCCUCGAUCGCGAGGUCCAAGCCUUGCAAAAAGAAAUCACCGAGUUGCGUUGCCAAACUCCCGAGGUGGUCGUUGUCGAUCCGCAAGCUAGUAGCGACGCUAUGAAUCAACAUUAUUUGACAGCCUUGAGAAAAUACGAUGCUAUCAAAGACGAGUACGACUCGCUGAGGAAGAGAUACGAUGAUCUCAUAGCUUCGCACACGGCGGCUGUCAGUAAGUUGGAGUUGGUCCAAGACGAGUUGGCCAGAAAGAAUAAGCAAUUAGAGGACGUGAUUGUAGACCGCAACUCUGCGAUUCGAGAGCGCAACGGAUUAAAGCAGCAAUGCACAGCGGCAAUACGCCAAUGGGAUAUAGCACUACGCGAGCGUAACGAGUAUCGCGAGGCUUUGGCAAAAGUGUCGCAGCAGCACGAGGAAGCAGUGAAAGAGAUCAAUCAAGCAAUGGUAGGACGUAUGAAGGCUAGCAAAGAAAUCAAACGGCUCACCGAGGAGCGGAAUGCCGCCCUCCACGAGUACAGUUUGAUUAUGAGCGAGAGGGACACUGUACAUCAAGAAAUGGAAACCCUUAGUAAUGAUCUCAGCCAGGCUUACGCCAAGGCUACACAUUUGGAGAGUGAGAAUAAGCAUCUCGUUGAAGAGAAAAAGACAUUGUCCUACCAGGUGGAAACUCUACGUCGCGAGAUUUCCUCAGCACUGCAUGACCGCGACGAAGCACUAAAAGAGUGUAACGAGCUGCGUCAGAAGUUCGGUGACUACAGCGAAACGUCGAGCCGUGAGCGUAUCAAUCGUUUGGAGUUGCGCUCUUACAGCAUUGAGCACGAUGUGGCGAACAAAGAAUGUGCCGAGAAAGAAAGUAAUCCGCGCGACUACGCCAAGCGAGAGAAAGAACGCGUCGAUAAUCUUGACCAGGCUAAUCAGGAGAUCGACAGACUACGUAAAUACGCCGAUAAGCUACAGGCUGAAUACGAGGAUGCAGUGCAAGAAGCUGAAGUCUCUAAACGCCGUCGCGACUGGGCUUUCAGUGAAAGAGACAAAGUUGUUUCGGAACGUGAGAGCAUUAGAACACUUUGCGAUAGGCUGCGUAAGGAACGCGAUCGCGCCGUAUCUGACCUGGCAAAUGCUCUACGCGACUCAGACGAUAUGAAAAAGCAGCGCAAUGAAGUGUCCAAAGAACUAAAAGAUCUGAAAGAAAAGAUCGAGUCAGGUGAUCAUACAUUACGCGCCAGUCAAUACAGUCACGACUCCGACAACGAAUGGGAUGCAGUCACGGUACAUUUGGACUUAAAUCGUAUGGGUAUUGAGUCCGAUUGUGAUCUAGGUCUCAUGCUUGUUGGUGGUCGAGACAAUCCUUACUAUCCGAAUGACUCUAGAAUAUAUGUGGCUCAAAUUGCUCCUGGCAGUGCAAUAGAGAGCAAACUUAGAGUGAACGACUGUAUUCUAAGGGUAAACAAUGUGGACUGUUCGUCGACACGAAUGAUCCUCGAAACACUAAGAUCGUGUAAUUCUGGACCGGUUGUUUUGACUAUCAGAAGAAGAAGAAUCAACCGAUCACUCAGGACCACGCAAUUACCAGUGGGCACAGUUCCGCAUGGGAUCAUACUCGAGAUUGGAAUUUACAUUGCCAAGAUUUCACCCGAAAGUUCAGCAGCUAAUAAUGGAUAUCUCGCCGUUGGAGAUAGAGUUUUAAAUAUCAAUAGCAAGUCAAUGGAAGGAGUUACCUCAGCCCACGAAGCAAUGGCGAUACUUGACGAUACGUCAACUGAUGUAUUAACAAUUACGACCCUUAAGGGAAUAGCACUGACAACAGCAUCAAGUGCUGAGACAAUGCCGAUGGUCGGCAGCUUCACUCCCGAAAAUCGUAAAAUGGUUAAUAGUUGUUCUCAAACCGAACAAGAACGGAUGAUGCUUAAAACUACAACUUCGGCGGAUGAUUACGAUCGUCGAUAUAUCGCGUCUAGUUUCGGUGACAGAAGCGGUUAUAAAGUAUCUAAAUCAAUGAGCGCUGAUAAACCUAGUGGUAUCAGUCAUGCUUGGGAUAAUUUUAGAGAAAAGAUUGAUAUCGUUCGAGGAAGACGGCACAGUAAAGAUCGUGAUGAGAAGAAAAAGAGGCAUAGAAAUUCAAGUCCAAAUACUUUCGAGCAAGAGCAAGAUGCUAUAGCUAAGCUUGAUUCUGUGAUCGAAAGCUAUCAUAAGAAAGCAAGUAAUGGUAACAACGGAGUGCUAAAGCGCAGUAAACGCCGCGGAGUAGGCGCAAAUGGUGGUGGAACAGGCAGCGGAAUAAGUGGAACAAGCGGCGUGAGCAGUGGCAGCGGCACCGAGAAAUCGGCAGCCGAGAAAAACGGAGGUACGUGGCCAAAAGCCCGUCUAGGUCCGCUGAUACAGAAUGGCACAGGUACAGUCAUGCAUCCACGCAAAACGAAAGAGCGUCUUCCACUAAGUGCGCUGCUGAGCAAUCCACCGAAAUACGAGUGCACGUAUAAUUACAACCGCAUUUCCCAGCCAAUUCCCUUAGCAAAUUUUACUGGCACGACUAGUGGCAUGAGUUCCAAUAGACACACCGUUUACAAGGCUCUCGAGAGUUCAAUCCAGAGUUUCAGUAGUAAAGCAAGCCAGCUACAACACGUACAGAAGUCAUUUGUUCCAUCACCGGUGCAAUUUAAAGAAGCUGCCGAUGGAAAUUUGGCAGCAGCUUUGGUGCCAUUAGAUACGAGCCUCGAUUUCUCAAUGAACAUAAGGCCCGAUUACUACAUGAAAAAACGCACUAUCGCCAUGAGCACCUCCAAGUACACAUCCCUUGACACGGACUCAAUGACGCAUAAUCGUGUGCACUCGCAGCUCUACAGUAGUCCACCAAGUGGUCCACCACGCGUACCCGGUAACUUCUCAUUCCCACCGUACACCAGCCAUUCUCAAUCGCAUCAUCCACACCAACAGCAGAGUAUCAACAACUCGAGAUAUCCUUCUCCACCGUCCUUACCGAGCGCACAGUCCGGGGAGUCAAUAGGUUUGCCAGAUGCACGUUCUUUCUGCUUCGAGCCUCCUUACACUCCUCCACCUCAAAUCAACUUUGGUCAUUUACACACACCCUCGAUGGACUUGCAUUAUCAUAAACCUCGUGCUCAUCCGACCAUGAGUUCGUACGAUGUUCCUCCGUACGUCUCGCACGGACCAUAUGAAGGUGGCACAUUUCCAAGGAAAAAGGAAAACCAAAGGUUUAGAAUCCCAUCGAAUCCAAGUGUCACUUCCAAAAAUAGCAUCGGUAAGCUCUCAUCAGGUAGCAUCGAGAAGACAUCUGAGCGUGGCUCGCCUAUGCCGACAUUUCACAUUGAGAUCGUGAGUCCGACGAGUGGAUCGAAUUCCACUACUGGAAGUGGUGGUACCAGAUCAAAGAGAGCGAGCUUGCCGGAUUAUUGUUACCCACAGCCGAGACCAACUCGCGGACAAGUGAGACGAAUUCACAUCGAGAAGAGUCAGGAACCACUUGGUAUACAAAUUUCAUGCCUCGAAAGUGGCGGAGUUUUUGUGUCAUCUGUUACGGAACACAGUUUGGCCUCGCAGAUUGGACUACAGAUUGGUGAUCAGCUGCUCGAUGUUUGUGGAAUAAAUAUGAGAACUUGUGCCUCUUACACCAUGGCUGCGAAUAUACUUAGACAAUGCGGUAACUCGUUCACAAUGCUUGUCCAGUACAGUCCUGACAAAUACAGUGAACUAGGUUCAGGGACAUCAAGUGACUCGGAAGAGCAAGGAGAAAAAGAAGGUAGUCGCAGCGGCUCGUCGACACCGUGCAACAGCCCCGAGGCAUCGCGCAAAAGUACCAUCGAGCCACUUGAGACCUCGGAGCCAGAACGUGAUCAAACAUCCUUACCUACUAUACCUACCAUCAGAACACCUAUAGAGCGCGAACGUGACAGAGAAAGAGAUCGUGAGCUGAGAGCUUCGGCGUCUCUUGAGGUGCGAAGUACACAAGAUCGUGAGAUGCGCGGUGAGAUCCGAAAUUCAACAUCACUCGACAUCAACAUACGCAAGCCUGAGCUACGUACGAGCGUAACACUCGAUGGCAUUCGUAACAGUCUAACGGGUACUGGUACGUUAACACGAGGUCAGCUGAGUCAAGGAGGUAACACAACUCUACAACGCCAAAAUGCAACAGUACGAAGUCCGACUCAAGACGAUCAAAAUCGCAACGCUAAGACGCCGCCACCAAACGACCCGCGUUACUUAUUUAUCGAAACGCGUAAAUGUUCCAAUCUUGGAAUAUCCCUCGUAGGAGGCAAUGGCGUCGGUAUAUUUGUGCACUCGGUUCAACCGGGUUGUCUAGCUGAGGAAGCGGGUUUGCAUACUGGUGACCGUAUUCUUGAAUACAAUGGUGUUGAUCUUCGACAAGCUACAGCUGAACAAGCUGCUCUGGAAUUAGCUAGACCUGCGGAUAAAGUCACUCUCAUAGCUCAAUAUAUGCCAGACAGAUAUAACGAAGUGAAGGACAAACCUGGAGAUAGUUUCUAUGUAAAAGCAAUGUUUGAUCGGACGAGCGAGGUUGGCGAUAGCCUGCAAUUGAAAUUCAACAAGGAUGACAUAUUGUAUGUUGACAACACAAUGUUUAACGGGACCCCUGGUCAUUGGAGAGCUUGGCUUGUGGAUCAAACUGGUAGAAGGCAGACUUGUGGCAUCAUUCCUAGCAAAUUUAAAGUUGAAGAGGAAUUACUUUUGCGGAGGUCACUAGGUGACUUAGAGUCUGAUUCAACUAGACGUGGUACGACAAGUGCUAGACGGAGUUUCUUCAGACGGAAAAAGCAUCACCGCUCAUCCAGUAGAGAUAGUAAAGAGUUGUCGCAAUUGACUGGUGUUGGAAGUAUGGGCUGGUACAGUGACAGCGGGACCUUGAACGAAGAAAAUUUCCCUUUGAGUUACCAACGUGUCGAAAGGCUAGAUUAUCCAGCCUUGAGGCCAAUUUUGAUGAUCGGACCACUUAACGAAUGCGUCGCAACGAAACUCCUGCAAGAUUUUCCUGGUCAAUUUACAAGAUGUUUACCCGAAGUAAUGCACUGUUCACAAUCUACUCUCGAGCAGGGCUUGAGGGAUUCGCUUUACGUUGAUUAUCGUAAGAAAGGCAAUUAUUUUGAGUGUACGACUGUACAAGCUGUAAAAGAAAUUUGUGAAAAGAAUUCCCAUUGCAUUUUGGAUAUAUCCAUGGCGUCGCUUGAACGUUUACAUAGGCAUCAAAUAUAUCCCAUAGUUAUAUUGAUUAAAUUCAAGAGCAUAAAACAAAUAAAAGAGGUAAAAGACUCUCGCUACCCCAGCGACAAAGUCAGCGCUAAAGCAGCAAAAGAAAUGCACGAACAGUCACUAAAACUUGAGACAGAAUAUAGACAAUUCAUACACGUAACCAUUCCUGCGGGAGUGAACAUAGCGCACAUCUGCAAUCAAGUGAAAACAUCGGUAGAUGAGGAGCAAAGCAAGGCUCUAUGGCUACCUCGGGGGCUUCCUUGACGUUCAAGGGGGGGUCCCCACAAACCGCAAUGGAAAUCAAUCUAAAUUCCAUUCAGGGGGUCCUUACGUCGUUUCCAAGUCGUUGGAAUUUUGCUUUUCAUGGUCUCAGAUGUAUCCUGUCGCAAGGUGGGGGACAAUCAUUUUCGCUUUUAUUACUGCAAUUGUUUCGUCUUUCGAUAGCGCUAAUUUACGUCCGUACGCAAUUAUUGUAUCGUAUAUAUAAAUUAGUUUCGUUAUCAAACGUGACUCAAAGAGUUCAUAAUGCGUUCUUUGUUGAAUUUUUGUACUUUUUUACUUUGUACUAGUUUGAGAUUAUUCCAACGCGACAAGUAGUUUUUUCGAGGUAGAAUCAAUCGAACUUGUAGUCACGUUUGAAUGUUAGUUUUUUUUCUUGUGUGGACGUUUACUAGCGCAAUUCCCGAUGAGUGCAAGCACAAGCUUUUUACAAUUUCAUAAAUAAGAAAAAACGUGUGAAUUGAGACCACGUAGCACUUCGUACAUGGGCCAGCUUAUGGAAUUUUUAAAUGGAAUUGACUCGUAGCUAUUUGGUUCCUGUAAAUAUUUUGUAUAAUUAUAUAAUGACACUAUUCUUACUACGAGGACACGAGAGAGAGAAAGAGAGAAUCAAAGAGAGGGGAGGGGAGAGAGAGAGAGAGAGAGAGAAAGAGAGAAGAGGGGAAGGAGAGAGAGAGAAAGAGGCAGAGAUUAUUUGAUGUUGAUGUUUGUUUUCAAUGUGAUUGUGUGCGCGAAAAAUGCAAUAAGUUGUAGUUGACGAGAGUGAGGCAAAAUUUUACCUACAAAUUUUGGAUCUCAAGUUGAUUACAAAGUAUAAAUUUACCAAGUUAUCGAAUUAUAAUAUUUAUUUGUGUAGUAAUUAUGAAUCGUAAACGAAUAGAUUCGUUCAUUGCAAGUUCUUUACAAUUAAGUUGCUGAAACUUAGGAGGAAAAAAGACACACCAAAUGAUUUAACAUAAGAAAAUUUGAAGUGACUUUCACCCGACGUAAAAGUAUUUCUACGUAAGUUUCUUUUACUACAUAAUGUACAUAUUUUCUUUAAUUAAAUCUGAGUAUCUACAUUUUGUUCGUAAAUAUCUAAAUUUAUGUAUAUGGAAACUGAACUUCAAGCUGCUCAAAUAUUCAUUAUGGUGCAAAUGUAACUUAGACGAUGCUGAUAGAGUAAUUUUUUACCGUCCUUUGUUCGGUACUUGUUAUGACUGUUAUUGUCGAGUAGCGUAUUUUUCUUUUUUUCUUCUUUUUUAACAUAAUCGCUGUAAUAGUGAAAUACAACUUGUCUGAGAGCAAGACCACCUUAAAGUAGAAACCUGUAAUUUUAUCUUAUAUUAUUUAUUUAGCGGCAACAGCGCACUUUUUUUUAUUAGUUUUGUAUAAAAUCGCUAGCUAUUGCCGUUUCAUUUAAUAAAUGAAUAUUAUCGAUAACACAAGAUUUUUUCGUUUAUUGCUAUUUAUAAGGGUGUUUAAUUUUUUCUGUGUAAUCAGACAAUAUUUAAGCGUAAGUUGAGAAAUUGAGACCAAAAAAUGAAGAGUUUUUACAAUAAGUUACAAAAAUUUUAUUUAAUUCGACGUUUGAAUGUAUUUUUCAAAAUAACGUUAAUUACAAAAUACUAACCGAAUUAAAUUUAUAUUAUUUUGAUUUUAUAUAUAUAUCGGCAAUAGUUAAAAGAGAUUAUGAGCAGCUAUUUGUUUGCCUUAAAAACCAAUUUGUGGAUGAAAGAAAAUUAAAUUGGAGAAAAAGACAGGAAGAAAGGAUCGAUUAUAUAUUUUCAAUCACAUUUACUGUGAUAUUAUAUUAUAUUUGAUGACGACAUAUCAGUUUAUAACGUCAUCUUAUAUUGUAAACUACCCGGUAACGUGAGAGUCAAACGAAUAUAUAUUUUUGAGCAAUACGCACUUGUAUGCAUCAACGAGCGCAAUCAAUAUUUCAAUGUUAUGGCACGUAUCAUAAAUAACAAUACACGUUGAUAAAUAGAAAAAAGUAAUAAAUACAUCAUAAUACUACUAACAAUAGAUGUAAAACUAUUACGUUUACUGAAUUGCGCGAAAGUAUUGUAGUGAACGUGUUUGCGCUUUUAAUACACUUCCGUGAUUACACUUGGACCACUGUAUUGAUAAUAAUCUAAAUCGUGAUAUUACUGAGUAACAAAAAUAUUAAUAUUGAAUAAUUUGUCUUUACUAAGUUUCAAACGUCAUUUUUUAUUAAUUUAUAAAGCAAUAUAAUAUUGAAAGCGUACAAUUGAAAGCUAAAAAUUUUGAAAAAUACGGAUAUGAAAUAAAACUUUUAAUGAUCACAAUUUUUAUCUAUACUAAAUCUAAAAUCAAUUUUAUUAUUCUCAAAAUCUCGUAUAUUACAUUAUAAAUUGCAUUAUUAUUUAAAAUAAAAUUUCCAGAACUCAUAUAUACAAAAUAUAAUCUAAUAAUUCUGUGACGUCGUGGCAACGACACAUCUCAGGUGCACCUGAGGCUUGGCGCAGUCUCGGAAUUCUGUUGUUGUCAGAAGUGCGAUUUCUCGCCUAAACUGACUUGGAUCACUAUCUAGAAAAAUUUUUCGCAAGGGGACAGUGCCACUAUUCCCAUUUUUCCGUCUUUGGAUUCCAAUCGAUUAUAGUAAUCCAAAGAUGAGAAGUACUCAACGGUCCUACCGAUAGAAGUACCUAGUUUCCCUAUAUGAGUUGUAUCUAGAGUCUAUUAGUAGUAGUCUCUAGAUACUGAGGAAAAGGGAUUUUUAGUGGUUCGUGAGCUAAUUUUAAGAGGUAGAAAAGAAACAGAGAGAUUAAUUAAUUUAUUUUCCUUCAGCUUGCUGUUUUAUUUUUAUAACCAUAGACACAUUUUCGCACUCCGUUGGUAGCUGGCUCCUUGGCCUCUUAGCUUGUCUUGCUCAUUUCUACUCAGCUCUUUUCCAUCAUACUCUACUCCACCUGAAUUAUUUAUUAAUGGUCUUAUAUAUUUCUCUUUUAAAUUUGCCUUAUUAAGUAGUGGAACUACACUAUAAACAGUCUUAAUUCCUUCAGCAUAUAUACCAUUUAAUACUUCACGCUACUCAUACUUGUAAUUAAAUGCGCCGUCAUUAUCAUUUACACUUAUUCGACUUUUUAUAUUUGGAGCAAUCGUCAUUACAACUCGCGAAUAUGCUAACUUCUUUAUCGUUAACGUCACUGGAUUUUUAAUAAACAAACCAUGUUGAGUAAUUAACGUAAUAAAAAUAAAUAAACGUUUUAGCUCACUUAAAUCCCUAAUCACUCUAUUACAAGUAGGUUCUUCUUCAUCAGUCACUAAUCUCAAUCUUUUAAAGUAUUUAAAUAAUGAUUUUGGUGCUAAUUUAGUAAAUUCUUUCAUUAGUAUUACUUUUUCGUUAAUUCUCUUCCCAGUGUACGAGUCCUUAAUUCUUUUAUUAUUAAUAUAAUCAUAUUCUAGCCAU